GCUGUUCGUGUCGCCGCGCCGCCCCUCACCUCCUCCCCGGCGUUUUAAUAUUAUUUUUUUUUAUAUCACCGCCUGUGUCUGUGGAGCCGUGAUGGAGAAGAAGAUGUCCACCCGGUACCGGAGCCGGUUCUGGGUCUGGUUCUGCUUGCUGAGCCUGUGCGCGCCCACCGGGGCUCUGGAGCUCGGGGACCUGUUCGAGUUCGGAGAAGAAGCCGGAGACCAGCAGCUGCCGCCCGGCUCCGACUCCAGCGCCGAGCUGCCGCUCAACGGCUCUCUGUUCUUCUUCGGAGAAACGUUGGACCAAGUUCACAUUAACACGAAUGGAUUUGUGUCGGUUGUGGAGCCCCCGGCGGAGGGCGAGUACCUCGGGAAGAUGCCCGCCGGUUUCAAAAUGAUCGCGGCCCUGCUGGGGGACCUAGAGGACGGCGACGGACAGGGCCGGGUCCACUUCAGGCUGGACAGCAGCCCACAGGCGCUGAGCCGAGCCGCGGACCACGUGAGGCGAGCGUUCCCCCGAGACGAGGGGGUGGAGCCCACCUCCGUCCUCGUCGUCACCUGGGAGAACAUGACCGCCCGGGGGACGGCAGGUCGAGGAGACGGACCGGACACUAAGAGAAACACUUUCCAGCUGGUCGUGGCCUCCAUGGCGUCGUCCUCCUGCGCCAUCUUCUUGUAUCCCCGAGACGGCCUGCACUUCUUCUCCACGCCCAUAGGGGGCGAGAGCAAGCUCCUCGAGGCCGGCUUCAACGAAGGCUUCGCGUCGGGUUGGUUCUGGAAGGAGACGAUGGGGCAGUACUACCGCACCACCACCGAUGAAGAGACCUCCGUCAGGGAGCUCACCGAGAAGACGAACGCGGCACAGAAUGGAGUCUGGGUUUACGAGAUCGGCUCCUGGCCAUUCUUUGUCGCCAUUACAGCGGGAAUGGUCACCAGCCUACCCGAGGAGGAGCAGGAUGCCACCACACCGCCUUGGGAAGAAGAAGAAGAAGACUUCCUUACCGAGGCUCCUACCGAGUACCAACCCAGUUACCCAGGAUCUGAGACCGUCACUCCAGGGUACACCGAACCGACGACUGAAGAUUACGAAUUUGAGCCGGAUUACCCAGAAUCUGAGACCGUCACACCAACAUACAGCGACCCCGAGAGGGCUCAACCUACUGAGCCGAGAUACCCGGAUCCUUCUGAGCCGAGAUACCCGGACCGAACCGAGACCAGAGACCCCGCCUCGGAGCCGUUGCAACCGAGACACACGGUCCCCGAACCCAACGAGCCGAGACACACCCCAGUCGAGCCAAGGUACCCUGGUCCAGUCCAACCGGUGCCGCCCCAUUCCCGGCCCCAGCAACCCCAGAUCGUCGUGAUAGACGAAGCCGAAGAUCUCGAUAUGACCGUUUUUACGUACAAUUCUGAGACGUGCGCCUCCAACUGGAACAAGUGCUCGUCCUUCGCCGACUGUCGGGACUACAGCAAAGGGUACUGCUGCCACUGCAGGCCUGGUUUCUAUGGCAACGGGAAGAACUGCGUCGCUGAGGGGAAACCACAGAGAAUGAAUGGAAAGGUGAACGGUCGAGUGUUCGUGGGCAGCUCGCCGUCCCCCGUGGCGCUCGGCAACAACGACUUGCACUCGUACGUGGUGGCCAACGACGGACGGGCCUCGGUGGCCAUCAGCAACAUCCCGGGCGAACUGGGACCCUCCCUGCUGCCGCUGGCCUCCCUGGCCGAAGCCAUCGGCUGGGCCUUCGCCCUGGAGCAGCCCGGCUACCGCAACGGCUUCAGCCUCAUCGGCGGCGUGUUCUCCCGGCAGGCCGAGCUGGUCUUCCAGCCCGGUAACGAGCGCCUGAGCAUCAAGCAGCAGUUCAAGGGAAUCGACGAGCACGACCACCUGGUGGUGGACACCGAGCUGGAGGGCCGCGUGCCCGCCGUGCCGCUGGGGUCCUCCGUGGAGAUCAAGCCGUACAAGGAGAUCUACCAGUACGACAGGAACCUGAUCACUUCCUCCUCCAACCGCGAGUACACCGUCGCCUCCCCCGACGGCGACGUCCAGACCAGGAGCUACCAGCUGCGGCAGACCAUCACCUACCAGAGCUGCCGGCACGGCGAGGCCUCCGGGCCGGCGACCUCCACCCAGCAGCUCAGCGUGGACCACGUGUUCGUGAUGUUCGAGGCCGACAACCGCCUGAUCCGCUACGCCAUGAGCAACAAGAUCGGCUCCAUCCACAGCGUUCUCCCGGAGCAGAACCCGUGUUUCACCGGCCGACACGGCUGCGACAUCAACGCGGCGUGCCGACCCGCCGACGGCCUCCAGUUCGCCUGCCACUGCGCCGCAGGUUUCACCGGAGACGGACGCUAUUGCCACGAUACCGACGAGUGCAGAGAGACGCCUCACGUCUGUGGACCUCACACCGUCUGCAACAACCAGCCCGGAAGCUUCCGCUGCGAGUGCUCCACCGGCUUCUCGUUCGCCAGCGACGGGAAGACCUGCGUCGAGGAGAACCGGCCGGUGGACCACUGCCAGAGGGGAAGCCACGACUGCGACGCCCCCGAACGAGCUCUGUGCAGCUACACCGGAGGCUCCGCCUUCGUCUGCUCCUGCCUGCCGGGCUACGCCGGAGACGGUCGGGUGUGCCGCGACGUGGACGAGUGUCGGCAGGAUCGAUGCCACGGCGCCGCCGUCUGCUCCAACACGCACGGCUCCUACCGCUGCCAGUGCCAUCCCGGUUUCCAUGGCGACGGCUUCCAGUGCAGCCCCGCCUCCUCAGAGCGAGAGAAGACCCCGUGUGAGCGCCACAGAGAGAGCGCCCAGUCGGCCACCGCCGGCUCCGAUAUCCUGUCCUCCUUCCGUCCCCGGCCGGCCGCCGGUCACUACGCCCCUCAGUGCGACCAGCGCGGCGCCUACGAGUCCACGCAGUGCCACGCCAGCAUCCAGCAGUGCUGGUGCGUGGACGCCAACGGCCAGGAGAUCCCCGACACCCGCACGGGACCCGGCAGCACCCCUCUGUGCAUCGACCAGGCGGUGACCCCGUCCCUGGUGGGUCCGACCCCGCGGCCCGACGUCCACCCCGUCGCUCCGGGAACUCACCUGCUGUUCGCUCAGAGCGGGAAGAUCGAGCAGGUGCCGCUGGACGGGUACCUCAUGAGGAAGGAGGAGGCCAAACCUCUGCUGCACCUCCCGGACCGCGUGGUGAUCGCCGUGGCGUACGACUGCGUGGAGAAGAUGGUUUACUGGACCGACAUCACCGGGCCGGCCAUCAGCCGGGCCGGCCUGAGCGGAGGAGACGUGGUCCCGGUCGUCACCGCAGAGCUCCAGAGUCCCGAGGGCCUCGCCGUGGACCACGUGGCGCGCCUCCUCUUCUGGACCGACUCCAUGCGUGACACCGUGGAGGUCUCUCGUCUGGACGGCAGCCAGCGGCGCGUCCUGUUCGACACCGACCUCAUCAACCCGAGGCCCAUCGUCACCAACCCGGCCUACGGGCAGCUCUACUGGGCGGACUGGAACCGAGACGGGCCCAAGAUCGAGAUGGCCAACAUGGACGGCACCGACCGGUCCGUCCUGGUGGAGGACGACCUGGGGCUCCCCAACGGGCUGACCUUUGACCUCGAGGGGCAGCAGCUGUGCUGGGCCGACGCAGGAACCCGUAAGGUGGAGUGUAUGGACCCUCACCGCCGGCUGAGGAGGGCGAUCGUUGAGGGGGUCCAGUACCCCUUCGCUCUCGUCUCCUUCGGGAGGAACCUGUACUACACCGACUGGAGGAGGGAGGCGGUGGUCGCCGUGGACCGCCACUCGGAGAAAGAGACGGACGAGUUUCUGCCUCAGAAGCGCUCUCGUGUGUACGGCAUCACCACGACGACCACGCAGUGUCCACAAGCCUACAACUACUGCGCCAACAAUGGCGGCUGUUCCCACCUGUGCCUGCCGCGGCUCGGCGGCUUCACCUGCCGCUGCCCGGACGCCGUCGACGCCGCCGCCGCCCAAUGUGCCGAGAGGAACCUGUGAGGUCAGCGGCCCCCGUGACGCAAACCAACCUCACACACACACACACUCUGUGUUUCCUCCUACUUGAAUGGAACAUCUCUCUGGGCGGUUUCUGGCCCUCGAGAGCCGCAGACUGUGACAUCACCGGCGAGGUCGCUGAACUCGCCGUAAAGGUCACGACUCGUUCGUGAGGCGCGAGUUUCGUUUGUCUGACUCCUGGUUUCAGUUUUUUUUUUUCUCUCUCGAAUGAGAAGAAAACGACUCGAAAUCUCAGAUACAGCCGGCAGGUAAACUCAAAUUAUUCGGGAAAAAAAGGUAUCGAGCGACGAGCCUGGCAUCAUGUAUUUUGUGUAUUUUUAAAAGUGUAAAUGUAUUGAUUUGUUAUUGUUUUUAUAGAUGUGUUCUGAAAGAUAACUGCGGAAAACAAUCGGAUAUCAUCCUCAAAUGUUUUGUAAUGAUGCAAAUAUUUGAGGGGAAGUUUCCAAAGGGCCUUUUAAAAAAAAAUGUUUGACAUUUUUAAAAAGGCUUUUAAAAGACCUCUUUUUAUUUUUUACUUCACACUCGCCUUAAAAAAAACCAAGUUUUUCCUGCACAGGAAGAAAAGCAGACUGUAUCCCAAAAAUCUGAAUCAUCACCAUAAUAUAAUUAUUGCUAUAAUUGUCCAUAUUCAACGACUUCCUGCUAACAGCCAAUCAAAAGGCCCGGAUCACUUGGUGUAACUUCACGUGAACUCCAUUAAAACUUUUAUAGUUUCAACAUUUUAAUGAUCAUUUAACGGGAUGUCGUCGGCUUUCUUUUUUUAUUGUUUUUUUAUUUAUUGCGAAAGACAGAAUUAUUUUUAUAUAGCCAACUAUUAAAAAUGUUUAAAAAAACAUCAGAGGCCUUUUCUUCCUGUUUAUUUUGUAAUAAAGUGAAUAUCAGACAAUCCAGAGAACUUGAAGCUGAGCAGAUUUAGUAUUUUAUUUUUUGGGACUAAAUUCACAUCAAGCUUUUUCUUUGUGAGAUAAAACUCUGGAAAUUAUUCUAUAUUUUAGCAAUCCUACAUAAUAAAAUGAAAUUAACACACACACACGCCACACUGUAAACUCAGAGUGAUUCUGGACGUGGACCCGAGGCGGUGGAAGAGUUUAACGACGACUCCAAAGCUUCUCAAGACUUACGAUGUUUGUUUUUGUCUCGUUUGCUACAACUCUGUACGUUUUAUUAUUAUUAUAUAACUUGUAAAUAAUGACCUGAUGUGCAGAGGACAAUCUCCGAUGUGAUGUUACUGUGACGGUGUGUGUUUUCACAUUUCACUGAAGUUUGUUUUUCAUCUGAAAUAAAAGGAAAGAAACAACGAAAAA